AUGCAUGUUCGUAUUGUUGUUACAAUUACCUCUCUGCUGUCUUUAACAGUUGCACAAGGCAAUUGGAACUGUAAAAACUUGGAUGAUCCGACUUUUAGGAAUGAUGCGUACGCGCGUGCCCAUAAUCCAUACGGAUUGUGCGUCAAUGAUGCUGGCGUAGGGUUACUAGCACACCCCUGCCGUUCUGUAAGAUCAAGCUUUCUUCUACAUAUUCUGAUACUAAUAGCAUUAAUCUAG